AUGCAAUAGCAAAAAUGUUAUCUGGCUCCUGGAUUACUUAAGACAGGAUUAUUAAAUGGAAACUAACCAAUCUAUGUUUUGAUCUUGAAUCAAAUAAAAGACAUGAAGGAAGUCAGCCAAUAGAUGAAUUCAUAUUUAUAAACCAUCCAUGCCUUCAGUCCAUUUACUUGGGUUAUUUGUAACCAAUAGGUAUUACCAUUAGAAUUCAGCGAUUUAAAAUAAAUGCUGAAUCCAUUCUACAAAAACAUUCCCUUACAACAAUUCUAAAGAAUAGAUAAAUUGAUUGUUAUUAGCGAGAAGAUCCAACUUUAACAAUUGGUUAAUGCCAUACCGAGUGGAUGGUCAUCAGUUUUAGCAAAUAAAGUGCAUCUGGUUAUGAAAUUGAAUGAAUUGGCCAGUCACAAUAUUGAACUAACUCAAUAUCAGAUUGAAUUUUUAUCUAGAAUCAAUUAUAACUAUUAAGAAGAAAUUCCCUUUUAUGGAAGAGAUCUCUCAGAAUACCCAAUAGCUAACACAGGUGUGCCUGAGUGUUUGGAAGUAAUUUUAAAAUUUUACAAGGAUCACGAUGAUUAUCUAAAAACAUAAGGUGUAUUUAGGAUUUCGGGAUCAGUUUAAUAAGAACAGAAAUUAAUUCAAUAGUUUACAAAAAGAAAUUACACGACAAUUAAUGAAUACGAACCUGAUGUUGUUUCUACUGUGUUUAAGAAUCUAUUGUGCUAACUAAAAAAGCCGAUAUUCCCAUUUGAAAUGUAUGACAUUCUUAAAGAGACAUAAAUUAAUACAAGUAAGGAGAAAUUGUUGGAGAUGUUCGAAGUAUUUUUUGCUUAUAUGCCAGAAGUCAAUCGCAAAACCACAAAAAGAAUAGCUGAAUUGUUAUUCCGCGUGGCAGGCUAUGAAUCAGAGAAUCUGAUGGGACUCAAUAAUUUAUCAAUUGUGUUUGCCCCGUGUUUCUUGAGACCACAAACUAUAGAUAUCUCUGAUCUAUAAGGAGCCAAGGUUGUAGUUCAUCACUUUAAUUUACUAGUGCAGAAUGUUGAAUAUUUCUUUUAGGAUUUUAAGGUGAAUCGAAAUUCCUCAUCUUAAUAAAAACUUAGCAUUUGA